GACCUCAGCCGCUACCAAAGCGCAACACGCAUCGGCGGCGGGUCAAUUUUCCCGCGCACCUUUAUUGCUGUGCUCGUGCGCUUUCGCUUUCGCUUUCCUUCUCGCCCGGCCUCGUUUCGCCCCUCGCAUUGCGGCAUCUGGAGCCCAACAGCGACAGCUCAAGCCGAAACCCAGCGCCGGACUAGCGAACUGAACAGCUAGCUACCCCGCAAGCUGGCUUUCUAGCUAGCUCCAGAAGCAACAGCAGCAGCAGUUAUAAGCCAGCCAUACAUGUCGUCUGCGACGGAGCCGGGCGGCGGCGGUGACACGGCGGUGGGCGACGUGAAAAUGACGGACCAGGGCCCGGCUGGCCCCACCGUGGCACUGGAGCGAACCGCCUCCGGCCUCAAGCGACUGCACGACGGCGAAGUCAAGCCGCAGCAGCCGCAGCAGCAGCAGCAGCAGCAGGCGAAGGAUGCUGACCAGGGCGGCGACCAAGGCGGCGCGAAGGAUGUGGGGGUGGCGGCUGGCGGCGGCGGCGGCAGCGGCAAGGAGGCGGCGGCGGCGGCGGAUCUGCCGGCGGUGCUGAAGGCGGGCGCCCAGGCGGCGGCGGCUGGCGGCGGCGGCGAUGUGGGCGGCGGCGGCGGUGGCGGCGGUGGAGAGGACACGACGGCAGUGCCCAUGGAGGUGGAGGAGACAGCGGCGGCCCCCCCGCCCACCACCAUCGACACCGCCACCGCCGGCGGCGGCACGCCAUCCAAGGCUGCUACUGCCGCCGCCGGCACCACUGCCGCCGACGACGACAACGGCGCCGCCACCGAGGCUGCCGAUGCUACUGCCGCCGCGCCGUACAUUGGAACCACCGCCGGCACCACCGACACCACGACCGAGCAGCAGCAGCAGCUGCAGCAGCAGCAGCAGCAGCUGCAGCAGCCUCCUGCUACUGCCGUCGCCGCCGGCACCCCGGUCAAGGCCGCCGCCGGCGCUGCUACAGCCUACUCCACGCCUAACAAGACCGGCGGCGGCGGCAAGGCCACCCCCGGACCCAGCAGCGGCACUGGCGGCGGCGGCAUUGGCACUCCGGCGGCCCUGGAGGCGGCGGCGGCGGCUGGCAGCGGCAGCGCUGGCAAGCGCACCCCUGGCGGCGGUACCGCGGCUAAGGGCACCCCUGGCGGAGGCAGCGCUGCUAAGGGCACCCCGACCCUCGUGGCACGCUCCUUCGGGGAUGCGCAGCCGUCGGCGGCGGCGGCGGACGCGGGCCAGGCUGCAGCAGCAGGCGGCGGCCACGCUGCUGACCCGACCACGGGCGAGGGCGAGGGCGGCGGCGGCGGCAGCGGCGGCGCCACCAGCUUCACCGCCGCCAUGGAGGCCGCGGUCCUGGCGGGCAAGUCGCCCUCCGCCGCUGCGCCCGCCGACAGCGGAGGCUCCCCCGCCGCCGCCGGCGCCACCACGCAGCCCACUGUGGGCAGCCCAGGCACUCGCCCGCCGCCCACCACCGCCGGCCCGCCGCCGGCGCUCGCCUCCCAGUCCGACUUCCCGCCUCUGACCCGCCCCGGCGAGACCGCAGGCGGCGCCGCCGCUGGCGGCGGCGGCACCGAGGCGGGUGCUACUGCCACUGCUGCUGAUGACGCUGGUGCUGCUACUGCUGUGGGUGGCGGGGACAAGGCCGCGGCGGCAGUGGCGCAGGAGCCGGCCGGCGAGGGCAGCUAUGUAGAAAAGGCCGCGGCCUAGAGGUGGUUGCGGGAUGGAUGAUUCAAGAUGCGCCUGAAGGCAGUGGCAGUAAAACAAUAUAGUAUAAUGCAUGUUCUCGGACAGCUCCGACUAACCCCCAACUAACUCGUGUACGGCACCCCAAUCCCCUCAGCCGUACAGGAGUUUCAGUGCGAGUCGGCAGCUGCGCGAGUGUGAGCAGGUAGUUGUACGGCGGCCCGGCUCGGAAGCUACCUGACUGUAGUGACGCACACGGGCAGUUGGUGCUAGUCGGUAGGCGCGCGAGUGGGAGCUGGCAGUUGAGUGCGCACGUGUGUGGGAAGCUGUGUCUGAGCACGGUGGGGCACGGCGGAGGCUGGCGGUUGGCGCACCGCGCGAGUGGGAGUGCAUAGUGGUGCGCGUCGCCGCUUGGAAAGCUGCGUGUGUGAGCUGCGUGUAAACUCAGAGAGAU